GAUGCAUUUUAAUGCUUUGAUGGACACUUAAAUUCGACGAUAUUUGUCUGCUAUACGUUCGUCUAAUGUUGACGGAGAAAUGCUUCAUUAUUCCCUGACAAGUUUUUGCAUUUUGCAUUUGACGGUUGCUUUAGCCUUGGAUUGUGACAAAAGGACCGACUGCCAAUGUUGUAUUGAUAAAGAAUGUGGGCAACAUCCGUCCUAUAUCUAUAUACACUACCAUUGUCGCAAAGGAUGCAUUGAUGGUUACAGGGGCGUCCAGUGCUAUACAACAUGUCCAGAAAACUGUAAAGCUUGUAUACAAGACGCGUCAGCAAAAUGUACUAAAUGUAUUGAUGGUUACUUUCUUAGAACGGAAAAAGACUGUAAAGGGAAAUGUCCUUCCAACUGUGAAACUUGCGAUUCACCAUCGCAUUGUACUAAAUGUAAAGAAGGUUAUUACAGCAAUGGCACCAACAAUGACUGCCGAUAUACUUACUGUCCGGCUAACUGUAUGUGCGAGGAAAGAACGUGUACUAAAUGUAGAAAUGGCUUUUAUAACACAAGUGUAUUAUGUGAAAGUACCUGUCCUCAAAACUGUGCUUCUUGCGUUUCCAGUGAAAUAUGCAAAGAAUGUAUAGAUGGACAUUAUAGCGGAUUUAAAUUUGAUAGUCAAGACAAUGGUAAAUCGGAAACAUGUGGUCAUAACUGCAGACCGUCUUGCAAACGUUGCAUAUCAUAUGACGAAUGUACACAAUGUGAUGAGGGUAGCUAUGGACUAACUUGUGAAAAGAAUUGCUCAGUAGGAUGUGAUACAAUUAAUUGUUCUCACGCUACUGGAGAAUGUGAUUGCCGCGAGUCUUUUAUCGGCACUGACUGCACGAAUUGCACAGCGGGUAAAUAUGGAUUGUUUUGCAAUAUGCCAUGUCCGUCGACUUGCAUGGAUGGUUUAUGUGACCAGAAUUCUGGAGAUUGCAUAUUUGGGUGUGUAAAUAAUAAUUUCACUUGAAAUAGAUGUUCCGAAUGUAUAACUGGUAUGUUCGGUAACAUGUGUGAUGAAGCAUGUUCUGAUAACUGCAAGAAUAUUACCUGCGAACGGGACAGCGGGAAAUGUUUAGAUGGAUGUAGAGGCAAUUUUAAUGGUUCGUUUUGUAAAGAUUGCGUGUCAGGUAUGUUCGGACCGGAAUGUAAAUUAGACUGUCCCAAAAGAUGCCUUGAUGGAAUAUGUCAGAAGAAUUCUGGACACUGUAUAACUUGUGACGGACAUUUUGCUGGGGCUAAGUGUAAUAAAUGCAUACCUGGAUUUUAUGGUAGCAACUGUAAAGCACAAUGUUCUCAACACUGCUUUAACAGUACAUGUGACCAGAUCACAGGAAACUGUAAUAGAGGCUGUAAAGGCAACUUUUCAGGAGAUAAAUGUUGCGUAGAAAAUGGCUAUUGUUCAAAAUGCGACACAAAUAAUAAAUGUAGAGAAUGCGAAAGUAGUCACUUUGGACUGUCGUGUAAAAAAGAUUGUCCUACUGGUUGCGCAAAUUCUUGUAAGAUCAGUUCAGGCGUUUGUGAUUUAUGUGAAAAGGAUUUCUUUGGUCCUUUCUGCGAUUUGAAAUGUUCUGAUACUUGCAAUAAAACAACAGAUGUUAACAUCUGUGAUCAGUUUUCCGGAAAGUGCAUUGCUGGAUGUAAUACUGGUGCAUUUGGUGAUACAUGUAACAAGAGCUGUAGUGAAUAUUGCGUAAACAAUCCGUGCGAACGAGAAGGCGGAUUCUGUCUUCAUGGCUGCACUGGUGGCUACGAUACUUCAGUUUGUUCUACACACUUAGAAAGCCAGAAGUCAGUGGACUCUAAGCAGACAACCAUUAUAGUGAUGGGCGUUAUCAUAGCCUUGCUAGUUGUUGCAGUCGUUAGCUUGAUUGUUUCUAAGUUUGUGGACUGGAAAAAACAGUCUGCGCAAAGAAGUCGUAAAGAUACAGAUAAAUCUUUCAAACAUGCGGCCUCGUCUACAAAUAUUGAACACAGCAGGAGGGACGAACAUAUGUCUACUGAGCCACAGACUGUUUACUACAAUGUCAUGGAAGAAAUCAAGGACUGCUGCAGUGCGAACAAUUCAAAUGCAAGUGAAUAUGAGAAAAUAGAAUCAAUUCAAGAUAUGAGAAGCCAGAAAAUGCCUAGCAAAAUGCAUCUGUAUGGUCUGAUUGAAACAGAUACUCCUCAUAUAUCAUUAACCGGAACUGAAUAUAUUAUUGAUUUACAGUAUAUAUCAUAUUUAUGUCGCAGGGUCAUUUGUCUGUAUAUAUCCUAUAUGAAUUACUAUCAAGCUUUUUCUCAUUUUUCCUAUAUUUUGUUCCUAUAAUUCCAUUUCAUAUCCAUUAUACAUCCACAUAAAUAUCAUUUUCUGAUAUCAUUAACUAACAUGUUGUUUAACCACGGUGACGGGCCUCAAUUUGAAUGUAUUGAUAUCACCGCCAAUUUCCGCCACGCAUGCGCACAGCCAGAAUAGAUUUUGAAGUGAAGACUUGAAUCUUUGUCUCUCUUGGUAAAAUAUUACAUUUGCUGUCUGCGUGUGUCUUUCAGUCCACAGAAAUCCCAGAAGAGAACACACGUUAGCCCGUAUCAUAUUACAUGAAGGGUGACAAAUUGGUGGCCAGUGUGACUUUUGGGCGACAGUUUUGUGGACGAAUGGUC